AUGAAUCAAACUUUCCUGACUCCCUCCUACAUGAGGAACCGCCAUGUGGGUCUAAAAGUUGAGGGCUCAAACUUCACACUAGGUGGCUUUCCUUUCCUGAUCGUCGCAGGUACUAUCCACUAUUUCCGUGUGCCCAGGGAGUACUGGAGGGACAGCCUCUUGAAGCUGAAGGCGUGUGGCUUCAACACUGUCACCACGCAUGUUCCCUGGAACCUUCAUGAGCCAAAAAGAAGCCAAUUUUAUUUUACUGGAAACCUGGAUUUGAAGGCUUUUCUAUUCAUGGCUUCAGAGGUGGGGCUGUGGGUCAUUCUGUGUCCAGGCCCCUACAUCGGUAGUGACUUAGACCUUGGAGGCUUACCCAGCUGGUUACUCCAGGAUCCAAAAAUGAAGCUGAGAACAACUUACAAGGGCUUCACUAAAGCAGUGAAUCACUAUUUUGAUGUGCUCAUUCCCAGGAUAGUACCACUGCAGUACAAAAAGGGAGGCCCCGUCAUUGCUGUGCAGGUCGAGAAUGAGUAUGGUUCAUAUCAUCUGGAUAAAAGAUACAUGUCAUAUAUUAAGAAGGUGCUGGUGACAAGAGGGGUGGAGGUGCUGCUCAUGACUGCUGAUGAUGGACAAGAACUGAUAAGAGGCCACCUGAAGAAGGUGAUUGCCACUGUCCACAUGAGGAAUAUAAAGAAAGAAACUUAUCAAAAGCUCUCUUCAGUUCAACCCAUCAGGUCUGCCAAGCCCAUCUGCAUGGAGAAGCUGUCUGUGAACCAAGGGAGUGGUCAGUCCUAUGGGUACAUACUUUAUGAGACUGUCAUCACCACUGGAGGCCUCCUCACCUCAAGGGGUCAUGUUAAAGAUCGGGGUCAGGUGUUUUUGGAGGAGAAGUAUAUAGGAGUCCUGGAUCAUUCCACUAAUCAGCUGACUAUUCCCAGGAAAAAUGGCCACAAGGAUUACCUGACAUUGACGAUCCUGGUGGAGAAUCAAGGCCGGCUCGCCUAUGGGCAGGAGAUCAAUAAGGAGAGAAAAGGUUUAACUGGGGAUAUCUAUCUGAACAAUUCUCCAUUAAGAAAAUUUAAAAUCUACAGCCUGGAGAUGAACACUAAAUUCCUAGAAAGGGCCCUUCGUAACAUCUGGAAACCAGUCUUAUACCAACUUCGGGGCCCUGCCUUCUUCCUUGGCAUCCUGAGAAUUGGUAAUUACCCCAAAGACACCUUCAUAAAACUGGAGGGCUGGACAAAAGGAGUAAUAUUCAUCAAUGGACAAAACCUGGGGCGCUACUGGAAUAUAGGUCCCCAGGAGACGCUUUACCUUCCAGGACCCUGGCUUCGACCUGGGUCAAAUGAGAUCAUCGUGUUUGAGGAGUUUAAACCUGGCAUAGAGAUCCAGUUCACAAACAUGUCUCAUCUAGGUGACAACCCUGCUUCUGUGAGACUUAUGCCAACCAACUGCCCCAUCCGGUGCCUCUCCUUCUCACCUUAG